UUUGUGUAGUUUGCUCCUAAGUACCUAUGUGAAACCACAGUCCAAGACAGUGAGAGACUGGAAACUUGUUAAAGCUGUCCCCCCGCAAAACCCAUUCUUUCCCUUGUUCCACUAUGUAUACAGCCAACCUUAUCUUUACUGGCUGAAAGGCAAUUCUGCAGUAAUGAAAGCCUCGUGGGUGUUUCUGCUGUAAGAGUUAAUGGCAUAUUUAGCCUCACGACCAAAGUUUGAAGAGUUGUAGAGAAGUGUGUUAAAUUUGUUUCUGCUCAUAAGCUCUAGGUGCACAGUGAUAGACAAGUUUCUAUGUUUAAAAAGAAGCUAGUGUAUUUGGGGCUGUGUGGGGAAUGAUAUGCACCAGUCGCCUUGGGGUAAGGGAAAACGUUAUACGAAAAAUGGGGCUACCAAAUUGGAUGGUCAUUGAUUGGCCAUGAGGAGUUCCGUUCGGAUGGUAGCCGCAGGUUGAGGAGGGCCGAACCUCAUUAAUCUCAUAACCAAAUCAUGUGGGAGGUAUUGGCAUUGAGAACUAAGUGUGGACGGGGAAGGAUGUGCUGGUGCGGCAAGUUGGGUCCAUGUGCGCCUGCGCGCUGCAGCUCUGCGCCUGCGCACUGCAGCUCCGUGCGUCACGUCCUGCCUCUUUUUCCCCUGCGUCUAGUCUGUCCCUGGGGUCCGUGAGGGUGCUCUCAGAAAUUUCAUUCCUGUGUCUGAAGAGACUGCGAAGAUGCUGAGGCCUGAGAUAGCUGCACCUUCAGUUCCCGGGGGUGCCCCCUCAUCGGUAGAGGCUCGGUCACAAGGUCCCCGCUACAAUAUCGGACUCAAGGAGACUCCUCAGAGCCACCCUUCAGCUAAGGCCUCAGCCUUCACUCCUACGGGCACGUCUGGAGCCGCCGGCGACCGGAGCAGCAGCAGCAGCAGCAGCCUCCCAUGCCAUAUGCCAAGCUCCCAGCCAGCUCAAGGUUCAUGCUUUAGCAACAACAGAUCUUAUGCAGAAAAAACAUUUGCAUCAAAAUUUACUUUUAGUACAAGCUCAUCUUCUGCACGAGGUACUAAUUAUCUUCAGACACUAAAAACUCCAUUGUCUGCUGGAAAUCCCCAGAGAUCAGGUUAUAAAAGUUGGACACCACAAAUGGGAUAUUCAGCGGCUACAUCCUCAUCUGCAGUUUCUGUACACUCCUCAUCAGUUAUUGUAGCUGUCGUAGAAGGGAGAGGGCUUGCCAGAGGUGAAAUAGGAAUGGCAAGUAUUGAUUUAAAAAGCCCACAAAUUGUAUUAUCUCAGUUUGCAGACAACACAACAUAUGCAAAGGUGAUCACUAAACUCCAAAUUUUAUCACCUUUGGAAAUAAUAAUGUCAAAUACUGCUUGUGUUGUGGGGAAUUCAACCAAGUUGUUUACUCUGAUCACAGAAAAUUUCAAGUAUGUUAAUUUCACUACUGUCCAAAGGAAAUACUUCAAUGAAACAAAAGGAUUAGAAUACAUUGAACAGUUAUGCGUAGCAGAAUUCAGCACUGUCCUAAUGGAGAUUCAGUCCAAGUAUUACUGCCUUGCAGCUGUUGCAGCUUUAUUAAAAUACGUUGAAUUUAUUCAAAAUUCAGUUUAUGCACCAAAAUCUCUGAAGAUUUCAUUCCAAGGUAGUGAAAAGACAGCCAUGAUAGAUUCAUCAUCAGCCCAAAACCUUGAAUUACUAAUUAAUAAUCAAGACUGUAGGAAUAAUCACACUCUCUUUGGUAUUCUAAAUUAUACUAAGACUCCUGGAGGGAGCAGAAGACUUCGUUCUAAUAUAUUAGAACCUCUAGUUGAUAUUGAAACUAUUAACAUGAGAUUAGAUUGUGUUCAAGAACUACUUCAAGAUGAGGAACUCUUUUUUGGACUUCAGUCAGUUAUAUCAAGAUUUCUUGAUACAGAGCAGCUUCUUUCUGUUUUAAUCCAAAUUCCAAAGCAAGACACGGUUAAUGUGGCUGAGUCAAAGAUAACAAAUUUAAUAUACCUAAAACAUACCUUGGAACUUGUGGAUCCUCUGAAGAUUGCUUUGAAGAACUGUAACACACCUUUAUUAAGAGCUUACUAUGGAUCCUUGGAAGAUAAUAGGUUUGGAAUCAUACUUGAAAAGAUUAAAACAGUAAUUAAUGAUGAUGUAAGAUACAUGAAAGGAUGCCUGAACAUGAGGACUCAGAAGUGCUAUGCAGUGAGGUCUAACAUAAAUGAAUUUCUUGACAUAGCUAGAAGAACAUAUACAGAGAUUGUAGAUGACAUAGCAGGAAUGAUAGCACAGCUUGCAGAAAAAUAUAGUCUUCCUUUAAGGACAAGUUUUAGCUCUGCUCGAGGAUUUUUCAUCCAGAUGACUAUAGAUUGUACAGCCCUACCCAAUGAUCAACUGCCUUCAGAGUUUGUCAAGAUUUCUAAAGUGAAAAAUUCUUACAGCUUUACAUCAGCAGAUUUAAUUAAAAUGAAUGAAAGAUGCCAAGAGUCUUUGAGAGAAAUCUAUCAAAUGACUUAUAUGAUAGUAUGCAAACUGCUUAGUGAGAUUUAUGAACAUAUUCAUUGUUUAUAUAAACUGUCUGACACUGUGUCAAUGCUGGAUAUGCUACUGUCAUUUGCUCACGCCUGCACUCUUUCAGACUAUGUCCGGCCAGAGUUUACUGAUACUUUGGCAAUCAAACAGGGAUGGCAUCCCAUUCUUGAAAAAAUAUCUGUGGAAAAACCUGUUGCCAACAAUACCUAUAUUACAGAAGGGAGUAAUUUUUUGAUCAUAACGGGACCAAAUAUGAGUGGGAAAUCCACAUAUUUAAAACAGAUUGCACUUUGUCAGAUUAUGGCCCAGAUUGGAUCAUAUAUUCCAGCAGAAUAUUCUUCCUUUAGAAUUGCUGAACAGAUUUUUACAAGAAUCAGUACUGAUGAUGAUAUCGAAACAAAUUCAUCAACAUUUAUGAAGGAAAUGAAAGAGAUAGCAUAUAUUCUGCAUAAUGCUAAUGACAAAUCACUCAUAUUAAUUGAUGAACUUGGCAGAGGUACUAAUACAGAAGAAGGUAUUGGCAUUUGUUAUGCUGUUUGUGAAUAUCUACUGAGCUUAAAGGCAUUUACACUGUUUGCUACACAUUUUCUGGAACUAUGCAAUAUAGAUGUCCUGUAUCCUAAUGUAGAAAACAUGCAUUUUGAAGUUCAGCAUGUAAAGAACACCUCAAGAAAUAAAGAAGCAAUCUUGUACACCUACAAACUUUCUAAGGGACUCACAGAAGAAAAAAAUUACGGAUUAAAAGCUGCAGAGGUCUCAUCACUUCCGCCAUCAAUUGUCUUGGAUGCCAAAGAAAUUACAACUCAAAUUACCAGACAAAUUUUGCAAAACCAAAGGAGUACCCCUGAGAUGGAAAGACAGAGAGCUGUGUACCAUCUAGCUACGAGGCUUGUUCAAACUGCUCGAAACUCUCAAUUGGAUCCAGAUACUUUACGAACAUAUUUAAGUAAUCUCAAAAAGAAAUACGAAGCAGAUUUUUCCAGGGCUGAACAAGUUUCAGGAAAGACUGAAGAAUAA